AUGUACUCACAAAAGCAGCCGGUGCUUGUUUUGAACCAAAAGACAGAGCGGCAGACCGGACGCAAGGCGCAGAUGAACAACAUUGAGGUGGCUAAGACUGUGGCCAGUCUUAUCAGCAGCACACUUGGACCGUGUGCAAUGCUCAAGAUGAUUCUUGAUCCAAUGGGCGGCACGGUGCUGACGAAUGACGGCAACUGCAUCCUUCGCGAGAUUGACGUGGUGCAUCCCGCCGCAAAGCACAUGUUGGAGCUCGCGCGUGCUCAGGACGAGGAGGUUGGCGACGGCACCACUUCUGUCAUUGUGCUCACGGGGGAGAUAUUAAGCCUGGCGCAACCCCUCCUGGAGCGUAACAUUCACCCGCUGAAGAUAGUGAAGGGCUUCUCCCUUGCACUGACGGACGCCUUGGCGGCAAUCGAGAUGAUUGGGACUACCAUUGACCCGAAUGACACGCGGCAGUUGGAGUCUGUUGUGCGGGCAUGUCUUGGCACGAAGUUUAAUUCACGUGAGGAUGAUAUUAUGUGCAAAAUGGCGGUGGCCGCGACACAGCGGGUUGUCGUAGAGAACAAGACAACGGGCCAAAAGGAGGUGGACAUCAAGCGAUACGCCAAGAUAGAAAAGAUCCCUGGCGGGUCCGUCACCGAUAGCGUCGUGCUGGACGGUGUGAUGUUUAACAAGGAUCACAUCCACGCCAAGAUGCGUCGCUACAUUGAGAACCCUCGCAUUAUUCUUUUGGAUUGCCCCUUGGAGUACAAGAAGCCAGAGACGACCAUCAACGUUGAGGUUGGGCAGGCGACAGAUUGGGAGUCGUUGCUGAAGCAGGAGGAGGAUUACGUGCGGUCUCUCUGCAAUGUCAUCAUCUCCUUCAAGCCAGAUGUUGUCAUCACAGAGAAGGGGGCAUCCGACCUUGCGGCACACUUCUUGUACAAGGCCAAUAUUACAUGCAUUCGACGCCUUCGCAAGACGGACAAUAACCGUAUUGCCCGCGCAACCGGGGCAAAAGUUGUUAGUCGUAUUGAAGAGCUCACGAAGGAUCACAUUGGACAGGCAGGAUUAAUGGAGAUUAAAAAGAUAGGAGAUGAGUAUUUUACCUUUAUCACUGGCUGCAGCUCCGGCAAGGCGUGUAGCGUGGUUUUGCGUGGUGCCAGUAAAGAUACCCUUAAUGAGAUGGAACGCAACCUUCAUGAUGCCAUGUGCGUGGCCCGUAAUAUCAUCCUUGAUCCGCGUGUAGUGUAUGGUGCUGCCGCCGUGGAAAUGUACGUCUCAUCCUAUCUUAUGAAUCGUUCGAAGAGCAUCACAGGUGUCCAGCAGGCGGCCUACCAGGCCGUGGCGAUGGCCCUUGAGGUGGUCCCACGCAUAUUGACAAGCAACUGCGGCGCAAACGUCAUUCGCACUGUUACGGAAUUACGGGCGCGUCACUCUAUGCCAGACGGUAACUUCUGGGGCGUCGAUGGCACCACCGGCGAGAUUGUUGACGUCCGGGUGCUGCAGGUGAUGGAGCCUGCCGCCGUGAAGGUGCAGGCGCUCAAGACAGCCGUUGAGGCUGCGUCGAUGAUUCUGCGCGUGGAUGAUGUGGUGUCUGGCACCAAGUUGCGUCACGGCAAUGAGAAGCCUGCACCCGCUGCGGCGAAAGACGAUGAUGAUCAUGGCGAUGCCGCGGCUGCGGAGUGA